GACUAAGCCUCGUAUUAAUUGAAUGCAGCAAUGCUUGCUGGAGGUCAUUUAACUGGAGAUACAACAGUGUUGAACAUAGUUUAUUGGGUGUUGCAUAACACCCCAGUGAGACCACUGUAACAUAAAGCGUUCAAAAUCAACAAUAUAACACGGGGAAACGAUUCGUUUUGUAACCUUCGAGGUCAAUAUCAAAUGAACGUAUACAAUUCGCGCAGAAUUUGAUUCACAUGUGCGUGGUACGCGUCGCCUACUGUUGCCGGGCAACAAUCAGCAAUAGACAUCUCCCCAUCGUUUGCCGGGUGCAAUGCGUGCUAUCUGUCGACCAGAAACAACAGGUUUUUUUUUUAUUGUAUUUACAAAGGUGACCAAUCAACCAAAGUACAAUAAAGGGCAUCAGAUAGUGUAUCGCAUGUUUGUGUAUUAAUGCAAAAAAUCGGCUUCUAAGAGGAUUGCGCAAUCCUUCAUAGAAAGGCGAUCUCCGGAGAUGAGCUAGGGGUGUCAUCUUUAUUUUGAGAGUACUAUAUUUCAAUGCAAUUUUCUGAGCAUCAAUCACGGGUGUAACGAAUAGAUACGAACGAUUAGUGACAAUACUCAUGAUACAGCACCUCCACGUACCAUACCAUGGACCGAAAAUUCAUCACAAGUAGGCAAAAUUUCCAAAAUCCUUUCGGACGAAGACCAUGGAUGGAACAGUGUGGUGCCGCAGCACCGGCCGGUGGUGGUACGGGUCUCAAGGGAAUUGUUGCAGGUGGAAUUACGGGUGGAAUCGAGAUUUGUAUCACGUUUCCGACAGAGUACGUCAAAACACAGCUCCAAUUGGAUGAGAAGGGUGCUACCAAGCAGUACAGCGGAAUCGGCGAUUGCGUUAAGAAAACUGUCAAAAAUCAUGGUUUCUUUGGUCUGUAUCGUGGCCUCAGCGUACUUCUAUAUGGAUCGAUACCAAAGUCUGCAGUCAGGUUCGGCGCCUUCGAGACGUUCAAAGGGCAGCUCUUGGAACCGAAUGGUCAGCUGAGCACCUCGGGGAAACUGUUGGCCGGACUGGGAGCCGGUGUGGCGGAAGCCAUACUCGCCGUCACACCGAUGGAAACAGUCAAAGUGAAGUUCAUCAACGAUCAGCGCAGCGCCAAUCCCAAGUUCAAAGGAUUCUUCCACGGGGUUGGGAUGAUUGUUCGACAGGAAGGUGUGUCUGGUGUGUAUAAGGGCCUCACUGCGACCAUCAUGAAACAAGGCUCGAAUCAAGCCAUCCGAUUCUACGUGAUGGAGUCGCUGAAGGAACUCUACAAAGGCAACGAUCAAUCGAAACCUGUGCCGAAACUCAUCGUUGGCGCUUUCGGUGCCGUAGCCGGAGCGGCCUCCGUUUUUGGCAAUACACCUAUCGACGUGGUGAAAACUCGAAUGCAGGGCUUGGAAGCGGCCAAGUAUAAAAAUACCGUUGACUGUGCGGUCCGAAUUUGGAAGAACGAAGGACCAGCAGCGUUCUAUAAGGGAACAGUUCCACGGCUCAGUCGUGUCUGUUUAGAUGUUGCGAUCACAUUCAUGAUAUACGACUCGUUCAUGGAGCUAUUCAACAAGUUCUGGCAUUAAUUAGGUUGACAGAAUUUCUCCGAUUUGCCAUUCAGUGUGAAAAGUUACAAUUAGCUUUCACCCUCCAACCACCUCCCCCCUCCCCCCCCCCGAAAAUGCCUAACGAAGCGACAAGACUAAUCACAUAUGCGUAUCUCAAUGCAAUCAGGGAGCAAUUUGCAUAAGCACUGUUGACUUAAUCAACAAAAUGCAAAGUAAUCUGCACACAGCAUUUUAGAGGAGUAAAUCUCAAUCUUUUAGUAGCCAACCCAAUACAGGAAAGCAACUUAGUGCACUUCAAAAGCGAACCACUAUACGGUGCAUUCCUAAUGUAUUCCAAUAACAGUGUCUAGUUUAGAGAGGGAAAAUAGACGCACGGGUAGAAUAUAAGCACAGAAUUGUUAAAUGUGUUUUGUGAAGUGCACAAACAUUGGUGGACAGUUCCACAAGCUUGUUCUCGUGCAAAUUAUUGUUUAUGCUUUGAUUCGUAUUGUAAGAUGCCAUUCCAAUUCAUGAGUAUAAGCAGCGAAACACAUUACAUCAUUCCGUAUAAAAAUGGGUGUUAACAUAUAUUAUAUUAUAUGAAAAUUUUCCGUACUUUUUAGCGAACCGGUAUAAUUUUCCUAUUCGGUAAUGAUCGAACAAAAGAACGAUUAUAUAUUAUAUUUAUUGUUUGACGUGUAAUAUAUUGAAGUAAUUGUAUUUGUGGUACUUAGAAUAAAGAGAUACAGAUUACCAGA